CAAUACCCGUCCAGACAGGUUACAAUGGGGUCAAUAGAACGAAUCAUGCCGGUAUCAUUGCCGCGGCGAACUCACACACUCUCGCGCAUCACCAACGAGACCAAGAUCCAGGUUUCGCUGUCGCUAGACGGAGGCCCACUGCUCGCGUACGAAACCUCCCAGCAUUUCCCGUCGGCGAUAUCACCAGCUCAGAAACAGUCACAUCCGGACGUCCUAGUUCCCCUGCCCGCAUCGCAUCAUGCCACACAGAUAACGCCCACACAGCAGAUAGCCAUAUCCACCGGUAUUGGAUUUCUAGACCACAUGCUGCACGCGCUGGCAAAACAUGGAGGUUGGUCUCUAGCCAUCCGAGCAAGCGGUGAUUUGAUCAUCGACGACCAUCACACGGCAGAGGACGUCUUUUUGGCGGUCGGCUCUGCAUUCAAUGCUGCACUGGGGAAACGGACAUCGCUUGUCCGCUUUGGUCGCGGUGACGCGCCCCUCGACGAAGCGUUGUCGUGGGCCGUUAUCGACCUCUCCAACCGGCCGUACAGUGUGAUUGACUUUGGAUUCACCCGAGAGAAAAUUGGCGAUCUAAGCACUGAGAUGCUCACCCACGGUCUGGAGAGUUUUGCGCAAGCCGCCAGUGUAACCUUGCAUGUGAAAUGUGUCUAUGGAAGCAAUAACCACCACAGAGCAGAAAGCGCUUUCAAGGCGCUUGCAGUGGCUUGCAGGCAAGCUUGCGAGAGGAGAGUUGAGGGCGCGGUGGGCAGUGGGGAUGUAACGAGUACAAAAGGCGUGCUUGGCUCGAGUGUGACUGGGUAGAAUCGAUGAUGGAUAGAGCGAGUUUCAUUUCUGGUGUUUGUUUGCUCUUUCUGGCACAAUUGCGCGUUGCGAAAAAUCCCUGUAACAACCCAAUUCGCUUGCUGCUUUUUAGCACCAUUUCAUACAGGCGACAAGGUCGGCCAGACACAGAAUUUUGCGACUGUCUCCGCCGAGGUGCUUGACUCCGUUUCCCCGUACUGUGAGACCGAUGAUAGAAC